GAGGGUGAGCCUUAGAGACCCGGAUGGAGAAAUGGCCGCCGUACCCGAGGGGACAGGCGACCGGGUGCUAGUGCGCAGGGGCGGCACGCGGCGCAGGCGCAGGCGCCUCGGCAUGCACCCUGUGGUUCCCAGCGUGCUUUACGGCGCUGGGCUCUUCUCAGCUCCUCGGUAUGGUGACCGCGGGUGCUAGGGCGACCCGGCUGCUCGUGCUCUUGCUGAUAGCAGCCGCGGCUCCUAGUAGGGCCCGAGGCAGCGGCUGCCGGGUCGGGGCUACCGCGCGCGGGGCUGGGGCUGAUGGCCGUGAAGGUGAAGGCUGUGGUACUGUGGGAUUGCUGCUGGAGCAUUCAUUUGAGAUUGGUGACGGAGCCAACUUCCAGAAGCGUGGCUCGCUGCUCUGGAACCAGCAGGACGGCACCUUGUCCGCGACGCAACGGCAGCUCAGUGAGGAGGAGCGAGGCCGCCUCCGGGAUGUGGCUGCCGUCAAUGGCCUCUACAGGGUCCGGGUCCCAAGACGGCCUGGGGUACUUGAUGGCUCAGAAGCUGGAGGCUACGUGUCUUCCUUUGUCCCAGCGUGCUCCCUGGUGGAGUCACACCUCUCGGACCAGCUGACCUUGCAUGUGGAUGUGGCUGGCAACGUGGUGGGACUGUCGGUGGUAGCGUACCCCGGGGGCUGCCGGGGCUCUGAGGUAGAAGACGAGGACCUGGAGCUGUUCAAUACAUCUGUGCAGCUGCGGCCUCCAGGCACUGCCCCAGGCCCGGAGACUGCAGCCUUCAUUGAGCGUCUGGAGAUGGAGCAGGCCCAGAAGGCCAAGAAUCCUCAGGAGCAGAAGUCAUUCUUUGCCAAAUACUGGAUGUACAUCAUUCCAGUUGUGCUGUUCCUCAUGAUGUCGGGAGCACCAGACGCCGGGGGCCAGGGCGGCGGUGGGGGUGGGGGCAGCGGCCGGUGAGCAGCUGUUCCACCUAGAGUCCCCCAGAGCUUCCUGUCCUUGGCAAGCCCAAGAAGAAGUUCCUGUCCCUCCAUCUCCCUGUUGCAUGACCAUGGAAGGCUGUCCCUUCCCAGGAUCCCGUUGGCCUUCUUGCAGGUCCUUCCUUCUCUCCCUGAGCCUCUUUGUGUUGACUGAGAGCCAGGGUGCACCUCCCUGUAGCCCCUCAGGCCCACUGGCUUCCCUGGGUGCUGUGUACCUGUGUCCUGCCGUGCGGCACUGUGUCCCUUUGCCGAACACCCAUUAACACCACCCACACCACUCCGCCAUGUAGUUUGGGAACAUGCCAAGUUCUCUCCA